CCGCUAGGUGACGCCUGUAGUGACAACUUCCUCAGUUAAAAUAAAGACUGGGCUGCCAUGUUGAUACUUGUCCAGUCUGCCUCUCCAGAGACGGCAAUCCCAUCGACCACAGCCCUACAUCUAUAAACAUUUUCACUGGACUUUCAUACACAUACGCUUAUAAAUCUCUGUGUGUGUGUGUUGUAUAUAUAUUUAUAUAUAUAUAUAGACUCUCCCAUUUCCAUACAUUUACAUAGCCCUAAAUCAAACACUUCAAGAUGAUGAUGCCUGUGUCAUUGCCGCCUAUGACAGGGCCGCCUCCACAACUCCCCAAUAUGAACCACCCUCCACCCAACAUGCCUCCUCGAUUCAAUAUGCCACCUCCCAUGGCCAUGUCUCAAGGACCUGGCAUCAUGCUUCCUCAAGGUUCCCAGCAACAACAACAGCAGCAGCAACAACAACAACAGCAAUUACAACAGCGUAGCUACAUGCAACAGAAAAUGAUGGCCAGCCAAGGGAUUAUGUUUGAUGGCAAACGGAUGAGGAAAGCUGUCCACAGAAAAACUGUGGAUUAUAAUUCAGCUGUUGUGAAGUAUCUUGAGAAUCGACUCUAUCAAAGGGACCACCGUGACUUCCGAGCCAUUCAACCAGACUGCCUUUACCAAGAAGGGCUUGUACCACCUCUCAGUAUGUUACAUAAUCCAAUGAACUGUGUGGUCACCAAAUUUGUCCGUACCUCAACCAACAAAUUCAGAUGUCCAAUCUUUGUCUUAACGUGGACACCUGAAGGAAGGCGUUUAGUAACUGGUGCUUCCAGUGGGGAGUUCACUCUGUGGAAUGGUCUUACUUUCAAUUUUGAAACCAUCCUUCAGGCACAUGAUACAUCAGUGCGUGCCAUGGUGUGGAGUCACAGCGACACUUGGAUGGUUACUGCAGAUCAUGCUGGUUAUAUAAAGUACUGGCAAUCUAACAUGAAUAAUGUAAAGAUGUUUCAGGGCCAUAAGGAACCAGUUCGAGGUAUCAGUUUUUGCCCAACAGAUGUGAAGUUCACCACAUGCUCUGAUGAUGGCACUGUUCGGAUCUGGGACUUCCAGAGAUGUCAUGAAGAAAAAAUUCUGAGAGGUCAUGGAGCUGAUGUCAAAUGUGUUGAUUGGCAUCCACAGAAGGCACUCAUUGCUUCUGGCAGUAAAGACAACCAACAACCCAUUAAACUGUGGGACCCUAAGACAUCGCAGUCUUUAGCUACAAUCCAUGCUCACAAGAGUACUGUGAUGGAAUUGAAAUGGAACAGAAAUGGUAACUGGCUAUUGACAGCAUCGAGGGACCAUUUGUUGAAGUUGUUUGAUAUUCGCAACAUGAAAGAAGAAAUGCAGACAUUCAGGGGCCACAAAAAGGAAGCAACUGCUGCUGCUUGGCACCCAAUUCAUGAGGGACUGUUCUGCAGUGGAGGAUCAGAUGGAACCAUUAUGUUCUGGCAAGUAGGAAUUGACAAAGAAGUAGGUGGAAUGGAAGAAGCCCAUGAAGGGAUGGUAUGGAGUCUGGCAUGGCAUCCUAUGGGACACAUUUUAGCAUCUGGUUCCAAUGACCACACCACGAAAUUCUGGACACGUAACCGGCCCGGUGAUAAAAUGAGAGAUCGGUACAAUUUGAACACACUACCUCUAGGAAUGGAUCAAGAGGCUGCUGAUUGUGAUUACGAACAGAUAACCACACAUCUACCUGGAAUGGGUCUUGAACAAUUUCCAGAGAAAGAACAGAAAAUGAAAGAGCUAUCUAGUUUAAGUUGUGGUAGUGGCAGUGACAAUGAUCUUCCUGCAAUUCCUGGACUGGAUUGGGUUGCAGAUGAACAGUACUUAAAGCAACAAAAUGAACAGAGGAUACCUCGCAAAAGGGUACCAUAUGCUCGGCCUGUGCCGAAGAACUUUGAGCAGGCUUGGCUCGGGCAGAAACCAACCGGAGUGGCAGGUACUGAUGGGAACCAACAAAAACCUCCUGCACAGAAAGACGAUAGUACAACGCCAGCAGCCAACCUUCCACCUCAGUCUAGAGAUGGUGUGACCCCAGCUAAUCAACCACAGACUACCCCACAUGCUGCUGCUAAUCAGACAGUCUCUGCUCCUCCACAGCCAGGAAAGAUGCUUGGCAAUCAACUCAGUCUGCCCCCAAAUAUGCCCCCACCUCCCCAAAUGCAAGGAGGCCCAAUGAACAUGAAUGCACCUCCACCUCCUCUUCCAAUGGGUGGUCAGGUGAUGCACCCUAUGGCUCAAGGACCUCAGUCUAUACAACCACCAGGCAUGAUAGGCCCUCCGAAUAUGACUGGUAUGCCUCAGGGAUCACGUCCUCCGGUACAUAAUCCAAUGAAUAUACGAGGUCCAACCAUGCAGCAGCCUCCACCUCCACACGGACAAGCUGGCCCCAUGGUAGCCCCAAACCAGAUGCCUAUGAUACGACAG